AUGCCACGACCUGGAAAGGAUUCAUACGACGAGCAGAAACCGCCGUACUCGUACAUUUGGCUGACAUAUAUGGCGAUUCAAGAUUCCGAUGAGAAGAUGCUGCCGCUCACCGAAAUCUACAAGUACAUCAUGGAUCGGUUUCCGUUCUACCGCAAAAACACGCAACGCUGGCAGAACUCGUUGCGCCACAAUUUGUCGUUCAACGAUUGCUUCAUCAAAAUCCCGCGAAGAGCCGAUCGUCCCGGAAAGGGCUCCUAUUGGGCGGUUCAUCCGAACGCGUUGGGAAUGUUCGAAAACGGAAGUUGUUUGAGACGUCGAAAACGCUUCAAGGUUCGUGAGCAAGAGUUUGACGAGGAGGAUUACUUUUCGCCGUGUCGAAAGAUGGCGCGAAUCGAGCCGAGCAGCAGUCUGCCGCUGUUUCCGAUGCUUCCCUCGAUUCCGCAGCUGCCGUCCUCGACGACAUUCGCGAGUGCCGCCGCUGCCGCUGCCGCCGCCGCCGCCGCCGUCGCCGUCGAUCACAACACUCAUCAUCAUCAUCAUCAUCACCAUCAGCAAACGAACAAUCCGUUCAUUUUUAAUCCGCUCUCGCUUCUUUUGAUGCCGCACUUUUUAGCGAAUCAGCCGAUGAUCGGCGAGCUUCUUGAGAAGACGCCGUCGCCCGAAUCGCAUCAUUCGAAUUCGUUCCGAAUCGAAUCGAUUCUCUCUUCGUAA